UCUUGGGUGUAGUCAGUGGAGUGUCGUCUCUGAGAGCGGUUCACUUUUAUGGCGGCGAACACAAAGAGCUGACGGUCGCAGCGCAGCAGCACAGCCGGGACAAGAGCCUCUGUACGCGGCCUGAACAGCGUAGAAGCUCCUCAGAAACAACCUCCGCACACGUUGAUGCUCGUCACUCUCUCCGCGGGAGUCUGUCACCGACCGGAAAGUGACCGUUAAACUUUGGAAAAGUUGGGGCAGAGUUUGAGCCGCGCCGUGAUUUUUCUGUCGGAGAUCAAAAUGAGAGUGAUCCGGGCUCUGGUGGCCUGGAGCUGGGUGACCGCGUUGUGUGUCCGCGCUGCCAUGGACGAGUGUUCGGACGAGCAGGGCCGAGCGCAGCGCUGCCUGCCCGAGUUCGUCAACGCCGCGUUUAACGUAACGGUGGUGGCGAGCAACACCUGCGGCUCUCCACCCGAGGAGUACUGCGUCCAGACCGGCGCCACCGGGGUCACCAAGUCCUGCCACAUCUGCGACGCCCGGGACCCGCGGAACCACCACAGCGCCGUCUACCUGACCGACUACAACAACCAGCAGGACACCACCUGGUGGCAGAGCCAGACCAUGUUGGCGGGUAUCCAGUACCCGAACACCAUCAACCUCACCCUGCACCUCGGUAAAUCAUUCGACAUCACCUACGUCCGCCUCAAGUUCCAUACCAGCCGACCCGAGAGCUUCGCCAUCUACAAGAGGAGCAGAGAGGAUGGACCCUGGGUCCCGUACCAGUUCUACAGUGGCUCCUGUGAAAAAACCUAUCACAAACAGAGUCACGUCUUCAUCCGCACCGGAGAUGACGAGCAGCAGGCGCUCUGCACCGACGACUUCAGCGACAUCUCGCCGCUCACCGGAGGAAACGUGGCCUUCUCCACACUUGAGGGACGACCCAGCGCCUACAACUUUGACCACAGCCCCGUCCUCCAGGACUGGGUGACGGCCACUGAUAUCAAAGUGACCCUGAACAGACUCAACACAUUUGGAGACGAAGUCUUCAACGACCCCAAAGUCCUCAAGUCCUAUUACUAUGCCAUUUCUGACUUUGCUGUGGGAGGAAGGUGUAAGUGUCACGGCCAUGCCAGUGAGUGUGUAAAGAACGCCGCAGGUCGUCUGGUGUGCGACUGUAAACACAACACAGCGGGCGAUGACUGUAACGUGUGCAAAACUUUUUUUAACGAUCGUCCAUGGAGACGAGCGACGGCCGACAGUGCUAACGAGUGUCUGCCCUGUGACUGUAAUGGGAAAAGUUCUGAGUGUUACUUCGAUGCCGAGCUCUACCGCGCCAUGGGUCAUGGUGGUCACUGCAGGAACUGCGCGGACAACACGGACGGCCCCAACUGUGAGCGUUGCCUCGACAACCACCACAGAGAUGAGAGCGGCAGCCGCUGUCUGUCCUGCAGCUGCAACGCUGUGGGCUCCAUGACUCCUCAGUGUGAUCACAGAGGGAUGUGUGCGUGUAAACCUGGUGUGACGGGAGAGAAAUGUGACCGCUGUCAGCCGGGAUAUCACAGUCUGACAGAGGCUGGCUGCAGAGCGUGCUCUUGCUCGCCCUCUGGCAGCACUCAGGAGUGUGACGUGAACACAGGUCAGUGUCGCUGUAAAGACAACGUGGAGGGCUUCACCUGUGACAGGUGUAAGCUGGGCUUCUUUAAUCUGGAUCAGAUGAACCCUCUUGGAUGUACUCCGUGCUUCUGUUUCCAGCACUCGUCUGUGUGUGACAGCGCCGACGGCUUCAGCGUUCACACCAUCAGCUCAUCCUUCCACACAGAUGAUGAACAGUGGACAGCUCAGCAGCGUGAUGGAUCCAGUGUCUCUGUCCUCUGGUCUCCAAGUGAACAGGAAAUCUCCCUCAUGUCUGAUAAUUAUUUACCCAUGUACUUCAUCGCCCCAGGAAAGUUCUUGGGGAACCAGAUGCUGAGUUUCGGACAGAACCUGACGCUGAGUUUCCGGGUCGACCGUCGCGACACUCGUCUGUCGGCGGAGGAUCUGGUUCUCGAGGGAGGCAGCCUGAGAGUGGCCGUCCCCCUUAUUGCCCAGGGCAAUGCCUACCCCAACGAGAAUAUGCAGACAUACGUGUUCAGGCUCCAUGACAGCACAGAUUAUCCCUGGAGGCCGACCAUCAGCCACUCCGACUUCCAGAAACUUCUCCACAAUCUGACGGCCGUGAAGAUCCGGGGCACCUACAGCGAGAGGAGUGCUGGUUACCUCGACGACGUCUCUUUGGUGACAGCAAGACGUGGUCCAGGUGUCCCCGCCCGUUGGGUGGAGCAGUGCACGUGUCCUCAGGGUUACCAGGGGCAACACUGUGAGCGGUGCACUCUGGGAUUCCGGCGUGGACGACCUGAGCUUGGAUCGUUCAGCUCCUGUGAAGCGUGUAACUGUAACGGACACAGCGAUGCCUGCAACCCUGACACAGGAGCGUGUGACUGUCAGCACCACACGUCAGGUUUAAGCUGUGAACGUUGUAAAGAUGGUUUCUAUGGCGACGCCACUCAGGGAACAGUGGACGACUGUUCGCCAUGUCCGUGUCCGACCGGCGCCACCUGUGCCGUCGUCCCCAAGACCAGAGAGGUGGUUUGUACCAACUGUCCUGUGGGAACCACAGGUACGACCUCAGCCACGCCCACUCACCUGUAUUUCACUCACCUGUCACUCACUCACCUAUCUGUCUGUCACUGUUACCUGUGUGUCUGCUCACCACCUGUGUGUCUUUGUCUCUCACCUGUUACCUAA